UCCUCAGGGCUGUUAGAUUCAAAGAACAAGCUCAGGGAAUUGCGUGGCUCCCAUAUAUUCUUCUCUCUCUCCCCACCGGUUCUUCCUCAUAACUCCCACUGUGAUAUGAAAAGGGUUCUCAGCAAUCACAGAGAUUACCAUUGCUAAUCAACUUCCACCGAUUUUUCUCUCGAAAAUCUUGUUGGUUUUCUGAAAAGAUGUCGAAAUUCCCCGACCCGGCGGCGGAUAGCCGGAGGCCUGGCAAGUCGUCGGAAAGGUCCAAUUUCACUCAGUAUUGUAACGUCUUGAGCCAGCUCUUGAAGGAGAAGCGAGAGUCUGGAUCUUUAAGCCUUCGAAUGGCUGGAAAAAUGGAAUCUAGAGCAAUUACGAAGGACUUGAAGACAAACCUGGAAGAUCCUGAUGAUACAUUGAGACUUAAUGCUUCAGCUAUGGAAUGUCUUCCACAGUUCGUGGAAAACGCCUGCAUCAAGAAAUCUGAUUCGAGGUCAGACCCUGAACCCCAAUUGACGAUAUUUUAUGCUGGAAAAGUGUUAGUGUUCGAUGCUUUUGCUCCUGAGAAGGCCACGGAGAUCAUGGAGCUAGCCACCAAAUUAAGCUCUGAUAGCACUAAUUCUGACAUUAACAAGAACCUCCCCAGUGCUUCUACUGUUAAAGAAAAUCAGGAUGUGGCCAAAGUGCCUCAAGACAACACUGCUAAGGAACAGGCAGUCCUUAAACCAGGACCCCCACCUAUUAAAUCAGAUAUGAGAUACCCAAGAAGAGCUUCGCUUCUAAAAUUCCUUGAGAAGAGAAAAGAAAGGGUGAUUGCUAAAGGACCUUACCAGCUGAGCAAUCCAAAUAAUCCGAAGCCUGAUGGAAGCAGUUCAGGAGGAGACCCUGAUCAAGGCCAGGGUUCCAAAUCAUUUGACCUUAACAUGUAGAGUGCUUUAGCAGUUUAGUUCAUCAAAUUAGGUUAUACAGGGCCUUCUCAGUUCUGACUAUCCAAAGGCUCUUGUUUAACUAUAUCAUCAUUAUCAUCGAAAUUGUCCUGGGCCUUUGCAGAUGUUUUUUGGGCCUUCAUACAUAAAUACAUACAGUAUUCUGUCUGUAUUUAUUAAUUGCAUUAUUUAGAAAUUGGGUCCAUUUAUUAGGGCCAAACCAUCAGAAAAAUGAGGUCCGUCAAUGAGAUCCAUUAUUUUCAGAUGUUUAUCAUCAUAAUGAUAUUGCUUUCGCAACUGCAA